AUGCUUGUCUUAAGCUGCUACAGCGAGAUUAGUUUCAUCGGAUCUGGAAUACAGGUACUUCGAGAAGUCGGCGUUGCACGAUCUGUCUGGGUCAUAUGUGACUCUGUUCAAAUAAGCGGACAAGCUCUCUGUGAAGGUUUUGGUAAAUCGAAACUUCCACUGAACUUUUUAACCAGAAUCGGCUCUGUGGCAUAUCUCAUCAAUGUUACUCCAUUCCGGCCCAAAUACAAAACUGAUUCAGCUGGCUCCCUAUCUAUAGGAGAAUUAAUCGGUUUAUAUUGCAAUCGCCAGGCUACAGAACAAUAUGAUAAGAUAUACGCAUUGCUCGGUCUUAGCACCGAUCCAAGAGCGCCAUCCCUGCAACCAAACUAUGAAACCCCAUGGCAUGAUAUUUUGAAGAAUGUCGCCAGGUAUAACUUCCCAGAAAGCUCUAUAAAUACGUGGAAUGGCAUAGAAUCUGCUAUCAUUGAAGGCAAAGGAUGGAUACUGGGCAAUGUCCGCAAUGUCACAAAUGAUAAAGAGAGAUAUGGGCAUCAAAUAAUUACAAUUGAUUUCAGUGAAACGGCCAAGACAGUGCAAUAUGAUGAGAAAUGGGAGUCUGUAUGGGUUCUUCGAGCUUGUGCGGAGUUGAUUCAAGAUGGUCAUAUCAUCUGCCUAAUGCAGGGGCAGUCUCAACCAAGCAUUGUCCGAUUGUGCCAUGAUCACUUCGCAGUAAGUGAACCUGCCGUGACGCCCAAGAAAAGCAAUUGUAUCCUGUCCUCGGAAGAGAACGACACAGCUGACCCGCAAGAUAUUCUUCUACGAUGGAAAAUACCCACCUCCGAAGUGAGGACAGAGCUGGAGGACUCAUUGUGUCUAAUACAGAUGACACCCGAUUUUCAAGAAUCGGAUGCCAAAACACAGUCAAGACUGAACUAA